CUUUCCAUCCUCUGCUUUACUUUCCAUCCAAUCAUCCUAAAACAAACAAUAUCAGUAUAAACUCCACUCUUAUGGUGGUUCAAGCUUCUGCAUCAGUUCGGUAAGAGAACAUAAUUUGUCCGUGACAGAGAACUAUGCCAUGAAGGCCCUCAAUGCUGCAAGCUUGACACCAUUAUCUGUUCUUUGUGAGAGAAGAGCAGAGACCAGAAAAUCUUUAUCGCUCCCUACAGUUUCACCACUCAAAUUAUCUCAUUCUGACUCUUUAAGCGCGAGCCGGUCAGCUGCACAAGAAUGUCUAUCAAGGACUUUACAUGGUGGUGUGGUGCUACUAUCUUCAGUUCUUAGUACUGGGCUAGCUAGAGCUUUAACAUAUGAAGAAGCACUAGAAAAACCUGCGAGUCCCUUCUCAUCUGAUUUUGAUGUUAAUGGGAUCCUAGAUGGUUUCAUCAAAUUUGGAUCAGAAAACCCAACAAUUAUAGCAGGUAGUGUUACAGUUUUGGCAGUUCCUCUGAUUCUGUCUCUGGUGCUAAACAAGCCUAAGUCAUGGGGUGUUGAGUCUGCAAAAAAUGCUUAUGCAGCAUUGGGUGAUGACGCAAAGGCCCAGUUACUUGAUAUAAGAGCAACAGUGGAGUUUCGACAAGUGGGCAGUCCUGAUAUCAGCGGUUUGAGCAAGAAGCCAGCGUCAAUUGUUUAUAAAAGUGAAGAUAAGCCAGGUUUCUUGAAGAAGCUGUCUUUGAAGUUUAAGGAACCAGAGAACACCACAUUGUUCAUUCUAGACAAAUUUGAUGGCAACUCUGAAUUGGUUGCGGAGUUGGUCACUGUAAAUGGAUUCAAAGCAGCUUAUGCAAUCAAAGAUGGAGCAGAGGGACCCCACGGAUGGAUGAAUAGUGGGCUUCCCUGGAUACCACCAAAGAAAGCAUUGAGUCUUGAUCUUAGCGAUCUAUCAGACACUAUCAGUGGUGCAUUUGGAGAGGGCUCCGGUGCCUUGUCUGUCACCUUUGCACUUUCAGCAGCUGCUGGCUUAGGUGUACUGGCAUUCUCAGAGAUGGAAACAAUACUCCAAGUAUUAGGCUCAGCUGCUCUAAUUCAGUUUGUGAGUAAGAAACUCCUGUUUGCUGAGGACCGUAAGCAAACUCUGGAACAAGUUGAUGAAUUCUUGACCACCAAGAUUGCACCUAAAGAGUUAGGGGAUGAAUUGAAGGAUAUAGGGAGGGCUCUUCUACCAGUGCCAGUGACUAUCAAGGCCCUUCCUGCUCCCACAGAAGCAAGUCCAGAACCUGCUGUUGCUGAUAGUACUGUACAGAAAGCAGAAGCUGCUUCCCAGAUAAAUUCAGUACCCAUAACAGAAGCUAAAGCUGUAUCAGUUUCUGGAUUUUCAAGGCCGCUUUCUCCGUAUCCUUAUUAUUCGGAUCUCAAGCCUCCAACAUCACCAACCCCAUCUAAACCGUAAGUCCAGGUCUUAAUGUCUUGUUCUGCAACAGGAAGCUGUUUUUUACCGGGAAUAUCUGGAGUUACUUUGCGAGCUGUGCAAGCAAUGCUCCUCGUACAUAACAUGUUCGAGUCUACAAGAAGAUUUGAAUCGAAGAAAAAAACUAGGUUUGAUGAACCAUAAGAAAAAAAAGUGGGGGAAGGAAAGAAAAUCAGACAUGUAAUGGAUGGCUGCUUCGUGAUAUGCUGCUACAGCCAACCUGAUCUGAUAGUGUCUCUGUUCUAACUGUUUUGAGUAAUGGCUGUCUUAUUAAAGAGUUAUUUUUCUUUAAAUUCACUUUUCAAAACACAUUCAACCAACCAUUGUUUUCUAUUUAUGGGAUUCACGAGCUAGCACUUGAUGAUCAUUAUUGUAUAAGAUUAGCAUUUCUCAA